AUGAGUGGCAUAAGUGCCGGGUCUCCUGGGCGGCCUCAGUAUGAGGUGGUGCGCCCCUCCAGGGUGGACGAGGCAGGCCGGUUCGUGUCCAACACGCUCUCGCACCGCGUGAGCAGGGUGAAGCGCCGGGACGUGGGCUCCGGGCGGGGGGCCCCGGCCCGCGUCUUCUACCGGCUCCAGCACGAGGGCCACGACCUGCGCCUCAACCUCACCCUCAACCCCAACCUGCUGGCCCCCGGCUUCCUCACCGAGCGGCGGUACGGCGGCCUGGAGGGGGCGCAGAUCCGCUCCCGUGACCACGCCCUCUGCCACUUCCUCGGGGAGGUGUGGGAGCGGAGGGCGCUGAGAGGUCCGGCAGCCAUCAGCACCUGCGACGGCCUGACAGGACUUUUUAAGCUGUCAGAUGAGGAGUUUUUUAUCAGGCCCUUGGAGCCUGCUCAGAAUGAAGAGUCCCCCCAGGCUCACAUGAUCUACAAGCGCCACAUCGCCCAGCCUCCUGCCCCGUCCAUACACCCCCUGCCCCAGGGCCGGCAGGCCAACGGGACGUGCGGGGUCAAAGACCUCCGGAGGGGCUGGGCCCGCGCCGAGCGCCAGCGGGAGCGCUGGGAGGGCCGGCGGCAGAAGCGCAGGCUCCGGCAGCGCUCCGUCAGCCGGGAGAGGUGGGUGGAGACCCUGGUGGUGGCCGACCCCAAGAUGGUGGAGUACCACGGCAGCGCGGGGGUGGAGAGCUAUGUGCUGGCGGUCAUGAACAUCGUGUCGGGGUUGUUCCGUGAUAGCAGUAUCGGGAAUGCCGUCAACAUCGUAGUGGUCCGCCUUAUCCUGCUGGAGAAGGAUGAGGAGGACCUGAAGAUCAGCCACCACGCAGACAACAGCCUGAGCAGCUUCUGUAAGUGGCAGAAGAGACUGAACACCAAAGGGGACGAGCACCCGGCUCACCACGACGUGGCCGUCCUCCUCACCAGGAAGGACAUCUGCGCUGCCAUCAACAAGCCGUGUGAGACCCUGGGCCUGUCGCACGUGGCCGGGAUGUGUCAGCCCCACCGCAGCUGCAGCAUCAGCGAGGACACCGGGCUGCCUCUGGCCUUCACCGUGGCGCACGAACUGGGCCACAACUUUGGGAUUCAGCAUGAUGGGAGCGGAAAUGACUGUGAGCCGAUUGGGAAAAGACCUUUCAUCAUGUCUCCACAGCUCCUGUACGGCACCUCUCCCCCCAGCUGGUCCCGCUGCAGCCGCCAGUACAUCACCCGCUUCCUCGACCGAGGCUGGGGCUGGUGCCUGGACGACGCCCCGUCGCGGGACGAGCUGACCCUGCGCUCGGCGCCCCCUGGUGUCCUGUACAGCGCCGCGCACCAGUGCCGCCUGCAGUACGGCUCAAACUCCCUCCUCUGCGACGACAUGGACAGCGUUUGCAGCACGCUGUGGUGCACUGUGGCUGACACCUGCCACUCAAAGCUGGACGGAGCUGUGGACGGGACUAAGUGUGGCAAGGACAAGUGGUGCUUCAGCGGCGAGUGCGUGCCCAAGGGCUUCAGGCAGGAGAGGGUGGACGGGGGCUGGGCUCCGUGGGGCGAGUGGUCGCCCUGCCCCAGGUCCUGCGGCGCCGGGGUGCAGAACGCCCAGAGGGACUGCAGCAGCCCUGCGCCUAAGUACGGUGGGAAGUACUGCCUGGGUGAGCGUCGCAGAUAUCGCAUCUGCAACAGAGAGCCGUGCCCGAGCAACCUGCCCUCCUUCAGGCACGUGCAGUGCGGCCAUUUCGACACCAUGCCGUACAAGGGCAAGUUCUACAAGUGGGUGCAUGUCAAUAACAGAGUGAACCCGUGUGAGCUGCACUGUCGCCCCCUGAACGAGUACUUCUCGGAGAAGAUGCUGGAUGCGGCCACAGACGGGACGCAGUGCUACGAGGGGACCUCCAGCCGGGAUGUGUGCAUCAACGGCAUCUGCAAGAACGUGGGCUGCGAUUACGAGAUCGACUCCAACGCGGUGGAAGACCGGUGCGGAGUGUGUCACGGCAACGGCUCCACCUGCGAGACCGUGAAGAAGACGUUUGAGAAGAGCGAGGGGCUGGGCUAUGUGGACAUUGGUCUGAUUCCCGAGGGGGCGAGGGACAUCCGCAUCGAGGAGGUGGCUGAGGCUGGGAACUUCCUGGCGCUACGGAGCAACGACCCCGACAAGUACUUCCUGAACGGCGGCUGGACCAUCCAGUGGAACGGGGACUACAAGGCUGCCGGGACGGUGUUCACCUACGAGAGGACGGGUCACCUGGAGAACCUCACCUCCCCUGGACCCACCCUGGAGCCUGUGUGGAUACAGCUGCUCUUUCAAGAGACCAACCCCGGCGUUCGCUAUGAGUACACCAUCAGCCGAGGAGACGCUUUUACAGACUCUGACAACGACAUUGUCGCCCUGGACUUCAUGUGGCGGUACGGCUCUUGGACAGAGUGCAGCGCCACCUGCGGGACAGGUGUCAAGCGUCAGAUCGUCCACUGCGUGGAGCGGACUUCGGGGAUGGUGGAGGAGCACUACUGCGACCCGGCAACCCGCCCUGACGACAAACGCACCAGCUGCAACGAGGAGCCAUGCCCAGCCAGAUGGUGGGCGGGAGAGUGGCAGACGUGUUCCGCAACCUGCGGGGACAUGGGUACGGCCAGGAGGACUGUGCUGUGUGUCCAGAGCGUGAGCCUGGAGGAGCAGAAGGCCCUGCAGCCCACCGAGUGCCAGCGCCUGCCCCGCCCGCAGGCCGUCACCCUCUGCAACACGGACCUGCCCUGCCCCUCGGACUGGACCGCCGGCAACUGGUCUGAGUGCCCGGUGACAUGCGGUGUAGGAAUGCAGAGGCGUGAUGUGAUUUGCAUGCAGAACACUAGAGCUGACUGUGAUCCAAAGAAAAGGCCCAAUUCGGAAAAGCCCUGCCAGGCAGAAGACUGCCCCAAGCUGGACGACUUCGUCACCGAAUGGUCCGGUAGUGGCUCGUCCAGCAGAGAGGUGUUCAGCGAUAUCAACUCCAUACCGGUCAGCAACCGUUUACCCAAACCCGGGCCAGGGACGACCAGGGCUCACCCAUCCCCCAGAGGGCGUGGUGGUGACCCGAACGACAUCCUCGGAAGAGACUUCUCUCAGCAUAAUCACAUCGUGCAGCCGGGUGACAACCACAUUGACAGCAGCAACAAUGUGCAGGUCGACGACUUCUACUACGACUACAACUUCAUCAAGUUUCACGAAGAUCUGUCGUACGACUUUGGUCUGGGCUUUGAGAAAGGUGGCGGGGGUGAGAGGAAUGAUGUUGGGGGUGGUCGAGGACCUGGUCCGGAAGGGAAGUCCAAUCCCGCCGUUAUCACAGUAAAGACUGAUCCUGAGGAAAGGACCACAGAUCCUCCUGCAGUUACCUCACGUUUGCCUACCGCUGCCCCAACCACGCCCCAGAGCGGCAGAGACGAGGGCCCGAAGACCUCCGCUGUCCUGCCAACGGGUCCUGCAGAGGAACAAGUGGACAUCCCGAGAGAGAAUCCCACCAAGUUCCAGAUUGAAAAUGAGGAGGACGAGUUUGACUCGGAGGACUAUUUCCUGCUGGUUUCCACUGCAUCCACACCAGCGUCCCGCAUUGCCACUACCACGUUCUCACCGGGGUGGAAAGACUCAAAUGCCAAUGUUGACCUCACUCUUGACCAACGGACAGUCUCUGUGCCUACUGAAACAGGACCUUCCAAAGAUGUGUCUGGGUCCAGUAAUAUGGAGGAGCCAGAGGCGGGACUCUCCCAUGAUGCCACAGGGAGAAUCUUCACUGGUGAAGCCAAAGCUGACUCUGAAGGUAUGGAGAGCCAGUAUGAGGAUGCUGAUGGAGACCUGAUGGAAUCUCCUAUUAGCCAUGAUCAUGCCCCUGGAGAAUUUCCCAAAGGUCUGAUUGGUGGGGAAUGGGUGGAUGUGCAUGAUGUCACGAUCCACGUGCACAGUCCCAGUAGAAGCGAGAUUGAGCACGGAGAUGAGAACACUCACAGCAACAGCCAGGAUAACUGGGGAAGGACGGUAACUUCUGACGGAGCCGUCCUUGACAGUGUUAUGUUUCACACUGAAACUGAUGAGGAGGGUCUGGCCGAGCCUGAAACUCCAACCACAGCUGCAGAGCCCACACAUGAAGGGCUGCCCUCUGACAAGCCUGAUCAGAAUAACGCAAAAGAAAGCACUGCUAAAGAGGCAGACACCAGACGGUUGAAGUGGAUCAUUGAACAUACGGUGCACAGAGAUACCUCAGGUCCUUUUUCUCUAGACCCAUCUGACCCAGCUGCUGGAGACCAGGUCCCAUCAUCCUCUUGGGCUGCUGCUGAAACCCCGUCCCCAACAGAUCUGGAGGACCUGCCCCCGCCAGCAACCACAGCCUGGUCUGAACAGGCUGCCACCCUCCCGGUCCACCCCACGCUCAUCGAGACCGCUACGUCUGAAACCGCAGGCCCCGGUCCCGGAGAGGCCAGCCCUCACACUCCCUCAUCCCUGUGGUCAGAAAUCGACUUUAAUGAGAUCCUGGUACCCACCGAGCUGAGGCCCCCAGGCACGAACCCUCCCGUCACAGACCAGCCCACCCAGGAGGGGGACGAGGGCCCCGACCCUGACUGGCUCCUGGAGCAGGACCCCACCCCGCCAGUGCAGCCGGACACCAGCGCGUUCUGGAUGGCCGAGCGCUGGAGUGGGUGCUCGACGACCUGCGGCCUGGGCGCCAUCUGGAGGCAGGUGCGCUGCAGCACGGGGAACGACUCGGAUUGUGACGCGUCCGAGAGACCGCCGCCCGCCCGCCGCUGCUACCUGCGGCCCUGCUCCGCCUGGAUGGUGGGGGAGUGGGGCAAGUGCACCAACAACUGUGGUGGAGGGGUUAAAUUUCGAGAGGUCCAGUGCUACGACACCCGAGACCGGCGUCCCCUGCGGCCCUUCCACUGCCAGCCCAUCGCCCUGAGGCCCGCCGGCCGCAUGUCCUGCAACCCCCAACCCUGCCUGGACUGGUACAGCUCCUCCUGGGGCGAGUGCUCAGAGCUGUGCGGGGGAGGGGAACAGCAGCGUCUGGUCACCUGCCCAGAACCCGAAAAAUGUGACGACUCCCUGCGGCUCGACAGCAUCCAGGCCUGUAACACCCAGCCCUGUGCGCAGUGGGUGACCGGCUCUUGGGGUCAGUGCUCCGUGUCGUGCGGAGGGGGGGUGCAGCUCCGGCUGGUGAAGUGCGUGGACACCAUCACCGAGCGGGAGGAGGAGGAGCGCGAGCGCUGCGACCACCAGCCCUGGCCCGAGAACACGCAGAAGUGCAACCUGCAGGAGUGCGACAGCACCAGCCCCGGCUACGUGUGCCUGCGUGACAGUCUGGCGUUCCGCUUCUGUCAGUCCCUGCAGUGGCUGGGCCGCUGCCACCUGCCCCCGGUCCGAGCCCAGUGCUGCAAGACCUGCGGCCAGCGUUCCCGUGGUGACGAGCGCACGUCUCGACGCUGA